CACGUGACCCGGGUCACAUGACGGGGAGUCUCGAUACUACCUCUUCAGUCAGACAGGCUACACGGAGCGAGGCUAGCUGUUAGCUUCAACUGUCUACACAGCAGACAUGAGUUUCCUAGGGGGUUUGUUUGGGCCGGUUUGUGAGAUAGACGUUCUGUUGAACGAUGCAGAGAACAGAAAGACCGCCGAGCUAAAGACAGAAGAUGGGAAAGUGGAGAAACACUAUCUGUUCUAUGAUGGAGAGUCUGUCUCUGGCAAGGUAAAUCUGAAUGUGAAGCAGGGAGGAAAGCGUCUGGAGCAUCAGGGCAUUCGCAUCGAGUUUGUUGGACAGAUAGAGCUGUUCUCUGAUAAGAGCAACACACACGAGUUUGUGGACUUGGUGAAAGAGUUGGCUCUGCCUGGAGAACUCGCCCAGAACAGGAGCUACGACUUUGAGUUCAUGCAGGUGGAGAAGCCCUAUGAAUCCUACACUGGAGCCAACGUCAGGCUAAGGUAUUUCCUCAGGGUGACAAUAGUUCGUCGUCUGUCUGAUCUUGUGAAGGAAUAUGAGUUGAUCGUCCACCAGUUAGCCACCUACCCAGACGUCAACAACUCGAUCAAGAUGGAGGUUGGCAUAGAAGACUGUCUGCACAUUGAGUUUGAAUACAAUAAAUCAAAAUAUCACCUGAAAGACGUGAUCGUUGGGAAGAUCUACUUCCUGCUGGUCAGGAUCAAGAUCCAACACAUGGAGCUGCAGCUCAUCAAGAAGGAGAUAACAGGAAUAGGUCCCAGUACUACUACAGAAACAGAGACGGUUGCAAAGUACGAGAUCAUGGAUGGUGCUCCAGUUAAAGGAGAGUCGAUCCCCAUCAGACUGUUUCUGGCAGGAUAUGACUUAACACCCACCAUGAGGGACGUCAACAAGAAGUUUUCUGUACGUUACUUUCUUAAUCUGGUGCUGGUGGAUGAAGAGGACAGAAGAUACUUCAAACAACAGGAGAUUGUUUUGUGGAGAAAAGCUCCAGAGAAGCUGAGGAAAAGAAACUUCCAUCAGCGCUACGAGUCCCCUGAGCCCCGACCCCAGCCAGUGACCGCAGAGCAGCCCGAGAUGUGAAGGCAAAGCAAUGACUGAAACUGAACACAGAAACACCGCAACUCUUCACUGCUGAACAGCCAGAUGUGUGAGGGCCGCUCCACUCUCUCCCUGGACUGAGAACUGUCUGUAAACAUGAACACACAUAACAUACCUUUAGAACACCCCCCACCCCCCACUGCUUCACAGCUUCUGAUUUGAGCUGUCCGACCACCGUCGCGCUGCCCUACAAGACUCAAACACACUUGCAUACAAAUGCACAAGAAUGCAAUCCAAGGCGGCUGAAUGCUAAAAGUCAAGGCAAAUGUAACCCUGGUGUCUCAGACUGAAAACACACACGUGCACACACACACACACACACACACACGUACAAGUGGAGCCAAACAGUCCCCUACUGCUGCAGUUUUCUGAACAUAACAUAAAACAGGAGCAAAAGAAGAAACAAGUAGACUGUUACAGACAGCCACCACACCCAGUAUCCCGAUCACCUGCAACAGGAGUUUAUUUUGUUGCAUAUUUGGACAGAUGUUUACAGGAGUUCCUCUGGCAUCCUCCCUCACACAAAUGUUACAAAAAGAUCUCCCUGGAGUCAACCAACGAUUGCAAAUAUUCAAGACGUGGGGAACAACCUGCAGGACACUUAGCUAUGAGUCAACACAUGCACUCUGUGUUUAUUCACAAACCCUGUGUUUAAGCCAUGAUGCUACACGCUGCUCUUUCCACCCAAAUAUCUGCUUAAUGGUUCAGUGCAGCUGAAGUCCGUCUGUCCAUUAAUCCCAAAUUUCAUCUUCUCUUUUGUUGGUCUCAUUUCAUACAAGUAAUGGGUUUGAGUCAUGAUGGGCACAAUCGUUUCAAUGUUACUCUAUUUAGAUCUUAUUUAAAUAUAUAAAAAUCCUUAAGCGCUGCAGCUUAUUGUUCUUUCAGUUAUUUUGAUGCAUAUUAAUUGAUUUAAGGUUUAGUCUUUAUAUCAUGUCCAGAAAAGUGAAUGGCUCCUUCACAAUUUUCCAGAAACUCAGAGAACAUCUGGGUUUUAUCUGUUUUCUCUGGAAGUCAACAUGAAACAACAAAACAUAUUCAAAAGGAGAGAAAUGAAAACUAAUGUUUGAGGAUGUAAGAAAAUGAAAAUGUUUCCUUUUUAAAAACGACUGAAGCUAAUGUUCAAUCAGCAGCAAACCACCCACUAAUAGUUGCAGCUCUUCAAGUAAACAUGCCACGAGUUAGAUAGUCAAGAUGAAUAUUUAUGCAGUCUUCACUGGUGAUGUCUGUUACCUAACUAUAUGUCUGCCUUGUAAGGUUUCUAAGGGUCCCCUUGAAUUCAAGGUGUUUCUAGGGCUUUGAGCAUUUGGUUUGAUCCUUUAUGUAUAAACCCUGAAAAAAAAAAACCUCAGUGAUUUUUGCCCUCCAGAGUUAUUGUAAGGGUAUUAAAUCCAAAUGUGGAGAAAGUAUAAAGUAAGACAAGAUCAGAGCUGGGCCACCACAUGGAACUCCAUUGAAUUGUGGCAGAAGAAGAAAUAUACAAGGAAACGAGAGAGAUCUUAAAACUUGUAUUUUGUUGAGUCUGUGUUGCUAAAAUGUAUUUAUUUGAAGUUGGGCUGAACUGAACCUUUGAAUUCACGGCUCAUCUUACUGCAGUUUAUGUAAAAAAAAAAAAAAUGUCUUCAGAUUCUCAAAUUCAAAGCAUGAAAAGCUAGAACUGAUGUUCAACAGCGACUUACACAUGGUUUCUAUUAGCAUUUUAAAUUAAAACCAUGUGUAAGUAGCUGAAAUGAUGCUAAGCUAGCAGUGAUGAGCAAACUGUUCUUGUUGCCUCACUCCCUCUUUUAAGCUAGCAGCAGCAGUUUCCCUUUUUCUGAACACUAUUUUUUUUCUUCUAAAAUGGUCAUGUUGGAUCUUGUGCGCACCGGAAGAGAUGCAGAAUCAAACACUAAGUUCAACAUUGUUCCACUGUGAUGCUAAGACCGGCUGUUUAGGUCCUGCUAAGAAGAAACAUACACACACACAUAUACACACACACACACAUACACAGCGUUUGGUGAUUUUACUUGACUUGUGUGUAGGUUGAUUUUGCUCUUAAGUUCUGAUUUGUGGCCGGCUUUGCACUUUCUCUUCUGAUUCUUCACUUUGUUUAAAGUGCUCAUGUAAGCUGCAGCUGAACAUCACUCAAGGACAACCACACCUCAGAGAUCUCCUGUGUCUGUAGCACAGAGAACAAUACUGUCAUUUCUACAUCACUACCACUUUUAUUGACAACAUCUUUUUUUCUCUCACGUUUGAAAGUUGUGCUGUCACGUUGCAUGUUUCAUAACAUGAACCUCUGGUCACUUUAACUGUUACAGCUUCUGUUGUUGACCCUGCACUCUGGUCUUUUGUUUAGAAAUGGUGUUAUUUAUUAUCAAGUCAUGGUUCCUCUACUCCUGCUGUCAAACACUUCCUGUCAUUCUGAGCACUACAUGAAGGGUUUGUUGUGUUUUUAAUGCCGUCAUAUGGUUAUGAAGAAACUCAAAUGUUACAUCUGUCUGUCCCUCUCUCAUCGUCUGCAUGUUAAUCUUUACACAAUGUCUAAUCAUACAUCAAUCUGUGUGUGUGUGUGCGUGUGUGCGGUUGUAUGAUAUGAUGUGAAUUUUCACCAGACCCAAAUAUAUAGCUAAGAUGAAUCAUGAAUAAAGCAAAUUUAUACUGAA